AUGGAACCCAAAGAGAAUAUAACCGAGUACAUAACUCGGGUGGAGAAGGUGGCCAACCAACUCGGUAGGAAUGGAGAACAAAUGCCAUCUAGCCGGGUUGUGGGAAAAAUUUUGAGAUCUCUUACAAAAGAUUUCGAAAGUAUCGUGUGCGCCAUCGAAGAAUCGAAAGACUUGUCGGUUCUCACAGUGGAUAAACUUGCUGGGUCAUUAGAAGCCCACAAACAAAGGAGAAGAAGUUGGGAUGAUCAAGUUGAACCCGACGACCAAGCACUACAGGUACAGUUUGACUCGAAUAAAACUCGGAUUACUCAGAGCCGAGGUCCUGGUGGCAGAGGACGAGGUGGACGUGGCCGAGGUAAUGAUAAUGAAGAUCAAACCGGUCAGCAGAAUUGGCAUGAUCGAGGACAAGGAAAAGGUCGAGGAGAUCAGUCAAGAGUGGAGUGUUUUAAGUGUGGCAAGUACGACCACUUUGCAAACGAGGGUAGGUCAACAAAGUGCUACAACUGUGGCAAGUUUGGUCAUAUUGCAAAGUAUUGCAAGACCGAGACAAAGGGGGAGACGAAUCUCGUUACUGAAGAUGCAGAAGAAGAUGUAGAAGAACUAUUGUUGGCAAAGAGCUCGGAUACAAUGGACAUGGAAAAUUCCGUCUCAAUAUUGGAUGAAGUGAUCUCAAUAAAAGGUGCGACAAAUGUGGAAAAGGAACUCAAACAAAAAGAUGAAGAGAUUCAGCGGAUGGGGAGGCUUGUGGAUGAAGCUAAUGAAAUUAUGAAUAAACAGAGGGUUGAACUUGAGGAGUUGAAGAAGACGGCUCCUGAAAAGGAAGAGAAAGCAUCUAGCGUUAUUGAACUAGAUAAAAAUAGGGAAGAAGAUGAAGAAGAUGAAGAAGAGAUGAAGGAUGAUGAGAUUUCUACCAACUCGGUAUGGUAUCUAGAUACUGGAGCAAGCAAUCAUAUGUGUGGGAACGAGAACUUUUUUUAUGAACUCACCAAAGUGGAGGCCAAAUUUGUGUCUUUUGGAGAUGACUCCAAGGUGGCCGUGAAAGGGCGUGGAACAAUUCGACAUAUUCAGAUUAAUGGACGAGUUGGAGAGAUUAGGGACGUUUAUUACGUUCCAGAGUUGAAGAGCAAUAUUUUAAGCAUGGGUCAGAUAAUUGAAAAAGAUAAUUCAAUUUUUAUGAAAAAAUCAGGUACUGUAUUUAAAGGAUAA